UACAUUAUUCUCUCUAUUUUGACCCUAUUGUACUGCAAUCUGAUCUUGAAUCGAGUGAAGAGAUAGAAGACGCUGUCUUUAUAAACUCUGUCCCACCGUUGGCAAAAUUUAAAUCAGAUGAAGAGAUAGAAGACGCUGUCUUUAUAAACUCUGUCCCACCAUUGGCAAAAUUUAAAUCAGAUGAAGAGAUAGAAUAUAUAUGUUUUCCUUCUGCUAUUAGAGUGUCCUCUACCGUUGAAGGGACUGUUACAGAAGAUGAUAAGGGUGACGCAACCAUUAACGUAGGAAAUGGAGAGGGUGAUACAUUAGUGAUCAGUGAGUCACAGAGGUUGGCUAGUUUGCUGGAGAAUGGACCUCUAAUGCUUGGGGUUUGUUUUUUAAAAACUACCCGUCUUUUUGUGGAUUGGGCCGCAGUAUUUGGAGCCUAAGUUAGGGGUGUUCAACCCUCAUUCAACUAGCCUAGCAAAUUCUCCUCCAUUUUUCAGUCAGGGACAAAAGAGAGCCGACGGCCACGAGUCUGGAGAGUGCGACGGAGAUGCAUUACUUGAUCCUUGCAACGUUGCUCUUACAGUAACAGGUUGGCUUAACGAAUUCAUUCAAUAUUUGUUAUCACUAGCCACACGAUUGAAGACUUGGCCUCCAAAGCUAUCUCAUACUUCCAGUAUCUCGAUCCUCUUUGGCCGUCCACGUUUGGUACACUUCCUAAUCUUGUAGCAUUCUCGUCUGCCAUCUGCUUCACCUCUGGCAGCUUUGACUUUCUCAGCAUUCCCAGCAGUGGGAUUGCCGUCGUUGGUUUUUGGGUCUGUGGGUCUCGGCGUUCUUGUCAUCCUGGAUCAGGCAGCUUCUCUCCCUCCCUCCCCACUUGAUUCUGUGCCUCCUUCCUAACUGAGAGUAGAGCACAGUGCCUCCUUCCGUUGUCCAUUACUAGUCUGAAGCUUUGAAACUGAUAGUGGAGUACGUUGCUGUUCGUUUUUGCCAUUCAGAUUACUUGCUGUUUGCACUUGCCGUUCAGAUCAAGGUUCACGUUGCUAUCUACGUCUCUUGCAUUCUCAAGAUAUGGUGAUCCCGCCUCCACCAAGGCCUCCAAGGAUAAUAGAUUUUCUCAAACCGUAUGUACUGAAAAUGCAUUUUACAAAUAAGUACGUGAGUGCUCAGGUGAUCCACACACCAACUGCUACUGUAGCUUGUUCUGCAAGCUCUCAGGAGAAAGCCUUAAGGUCAAGUUUGGAAACAACCCGUGAUGUGGCUACAGCUGCGAAGAUUGGGAAGAUACUAGGUGAACGCCUUUUGCUCAAGAAUAUACCUGCUGUUAGUAUUCACUUGAAGAGAGAACAGAAGUAUCAUGGUAAGGUUCGAGCUGUUGUUGAUUCUGUUAGAGAUGAUGGUGUUAAAUUGCUUUGAGUUAUUCUCGUAGAUAUUUGGUUGAAGCUUGGAGAGAGUAUCUUUCUGGACCUUGUGUUGGGAAGUUUCUAUAUCAUUUUAGCAUAAAUUCAGAAAGGAUGCUCACUUUUGUUCGAUUUAGUUUUCUAACGUUAUUAUAACCAGAAAGUUGAACGUGCUGAAUUCAGUUUCUAUGAUAACAUCGUUAAGUAUUGGUAA